AUCAUACCAGUCUUUGUAUUAGUUCACAUACACCUUGGUAAACAUACGUUGCAACCAACCCCAUUUUGAUGUAUUUCUUAACUGCAAACAAAUCUAUGUAUAUUGUUGGUUUAUGCGGGUUUUAAUAUUUCGAUAUGUUUUAAAAUUUAUUUAUUUAUUGUGUAUAAUUAUAUCCUUUACAUAAUUUUAUAGUUUAUACUUCAAAAAAGAAUCCUCCCGUCUGCACAGGUUUUAGUAGUCGAGGUUAAUCGAUCUUUCGCCAUCUGAGUCUUCUCCCUUUUUGAUAAUGUUAAAUCAUAUUCCAAAAAUAUAGGAUUUUAUGUGGCCUUUGCCCUAACCUUAGCCUCAGAACGCACACUGUCAAAAUGGCAUCACGCAAUGUCAAAUGUGACUGACAGUUACGUGACAUAACCGUCAGUAAACAUAAUGACAUUUGCUUAAGUCGUUGAUAUAUUUGGUAUUCGUAAAAAGUAGAGUUUAUUCUAAUUUUUAAUGGAGAUAAAAACAUUAUUGAAUAAGAUAUUUGUAAUCAUGUUAGGAAAUUCUACCCUGAAGUACCCGUGCCCGUCUGUGUAGCGGGACAAAUUAAAUUCUAACUGCAAUUUCUGAAACUUACACUAGAGUAAUGAUAAUAAACAUAUUCGAAUUAAAAUGCGCAAAAAACAGACAUUUGUUAUAGCAUUAAUUUUAUUAAGCGUAAUAAUUUGGGUCUAUAAGAGUUCAAAUAAAGAAUAUGACAAUAUAAUGAAUGUAAUAGCUGGAAACAAUCAUUACAUCAGGAAGAUUAUUAUAAAACCCAAUGAAACUUGUAAUUUAAAUCGUCUAUUUAUUAUUCUUGUAACAUCAUAUGUGGGCCAUGUUGAACUUAGAAGUGCCCAUCGUAGAGCAAUGUCAGCGGAGCGUCUAAAAUCUAUGAAUGCGACAAGGAUAUUCCUCCUAGCAAAAAUACCAAGAAAGGAAAAAUAUAUUACACAAAAUGCAGUAUAUGAUGAGAGUGAAAUUUUUGGUGAUAUUCUACAAGGAGGCUUCACAGAAGACUAUAGAAACUUAACAUAUAAACACCUUAUGGGACUACAAUGGGCAUCAAACUUUUGUAAUACUUCAUUUAUACUUAAAGUUGACGAUGAUAUUGUAUUCAACUUAAAUCAAACUUACAACUUCAUGUUGAAAAUAAGGCAUGAGAAAAAUCUACUUAUAGGUUACAUGUUGAAUAACACAUUACCUAGACGUAGUAAGCAGAACAAAUGGUAUGUCACCCAAAAAGAAUAUUCUAGAAAUGUCUACCCAUCAUAUUUAUCAGGUUGGUACUAUAUAAUGUCAAAGAAUAUUGCAUUUCUUAUUACUCAAGAAGCUCCAUAUCAUGGUCAAUUUUGGAUAGAUGAUAUUUUUGUGACAGGUAUAUUAACAGAAUUUCUAGAUAUAAAAUUAAAGCAUCUACCAAAAGAUUACUGGCUGGAAUAUUAUGAAUUAUUAGAAUGUUGUUUAAAAGAUAUGGUUAUGAAAUCAAUACAGUGUGAAUAUGUUGUCGCACCAAAUGGAGGUAGAAAUGAAUUAAUAGUAGAAUUUAAUGAUGCCUUAGAGAAAUGCAAGAGAAAAAACUGCACAGUUAGAUCUGACAAUCAGACUUUGAAUAAAGUCUGUAUUAAUUAUAGAGAAAGAACAAUCUUUGGUGAUGGUAAAGCUGUGAUACAAAAUAUUAAGUUAUAGUCACAAAUCUUUAUAGUAUGAAUUUAAUAAAAAUUUACACAUGCUUUAAA